CUUUCCUCUCACUCUUUCUUAGAUAACAUUCUAAUCAGGCUUCUGAUAAGCUCUGAUAAUGCAAAUCAAUCAUUCCACUCCAUUCGAAAUUCCUGAGACGAUAGGAAGAUGAUGAUGCCGAUGAAGGGGCGACGUGUCUCAUUAGACGAAUAUAAUUAGUAAGGUAUAUUCCCAGCAGAAUAAUCCUCGUUUAGUAAAGCAGCGACCAAAAUGAGACGACUACGCGUGGGCAAUGGGAGAAAGUGGAGAAAGUUGCUGGGUCGGUGGAUGGAAGUCAGCACGUUUCUGCUCCUCAGUUCCAAUCCGACCUCACUCGAGAAAGCGGCCCAAAUCUGUCUCCUUCCUCUCUCAAAACUCCUCGGAAAGCAACAGUUCUCGUCCCACAAAUUGGUCCCGGUUCGUCACAGAUCCGCUACAAAAUCGCCCCCGAUCUAUUCCAGCGUUUGAAGGAAGUUCGAUCCACGGAAAAUCUGGUAAAGGUUUUUGGGGUGAUAGUGGUGGUGGUCUGGUCAGAAGACGAAGAGUGCAUAAAAAGGAGAGGCGGCGGAGGUGGUCGGCGGACUCAUCAGUGCUGGUUAUAGAAGGAGAGAUGCACAACACGGCGACGACGGCGACGGGAGAGGUGAAAGGAGACGACGUGGCCGCCGUGGCUGGAAAAACGAUGACGAACGGGUCCGGAUUACUGCGGUCCCAUGAGGAGGUGCAGAUUUCAUCACGAAUUCCAGUCGGAGUUUCCACCAACGAGUGUGCUGGAUGUGGAAAGCGAAUACGGGACCGAUUUCUCCUCAAAGCCCUUGACUUGCUCUGGCAUGAGGACUGUCUCAAGUGCGGUUGCUGUGACUGUCGUCUGGGGGAAGUGGGCUCCACCCUGUACACCAAGGCAAAUUUAAUCCUAUGCAAGAGAGAUUAUCUCAGACUGUUUGGAAACACGGGAUAUUGCGCAGCGUGUUCCAAAGUAAUACCUGCAUUCGAGAUGGUAAUGAGAGCCAGAAAUAAUGUCUACCAUUUGGAAUGUUUCGCUUGCCAACAAUGCAAUCACAGGUUCUGCGUGGGUGACCGAUUUUAUUUGUGUGAGAAUAAAAUACUUUGCGAGUACGACUAUCAAGAGGUGAUGGUGUUUGCCAACAUGACGUCGUAUAAUUCUGGAAACUUGGCGUUAGUGAGAAAUAACAGUGCCGAGUCAAGAACGAAGAUGGGGAGCAGUAACAACAACAAUGGUAAUGGUGCCGUGACAAAUGGAAAUCAUUGUCUUUCACCAAAACUUCAGUCAAUUAACCAGUCUUCAGUAAGUCGCCAUUCUACGCCGGCAAUACAGAAAACGGCUGCGUAAAGGAAUUAACACAUGGUGCCCAACUAAAUACGACGAUUACCAACAACCAACUUUCUCCUUCUUCUUCUUCCUCUUCCUCAGCAUCAAGAAAACAAGACGACUUUCACUGCGUAUCAUUCUCUCAACGUCAUUCAUCCGAUUUCGCUCAAUGUUACCGAGAUUGAACUUCUUAAAAAACCGCUCUCCUUUACCUUUUCGGUUGUAUUGCUAUAUAAUACAUAUUACGUACAUAUGUAUAAGUUCGACACAAAUUGUACCGCUCGUUGUUACAAACCUCAUUUUACUUAAUUGUUGAUAAUAAUAAAAUAAUAAUUUAUUCUUAGAAAAUAAAAAUCACGGAGCUGCUUUUAGCUUUGAUAAACAGAGUACAAUUUCUACAUAUACAUACAAUUUUUUGACGUUUGGUCGCAUUAAUUUGUUGAAUUUGUUAAAUAAUUAAAUAUUUAUGGUACGAAGAUGGUUCCAAUAAUGCUAUGUUAGUACACAAUUUGUUAAUAUUUACGUAUGUACAUGCUAGUCUGUAAUGUCAGCAUGUCGCCCAUUUUACAAUGAUUGUUUUCCUGUAUGCUCCAGUGAUUUAUGUUGCUAAACGUUCGUACAAUUACCGUUGCUAAGUUAAGAGUUGAUCAAUACAAGUAUUGACUCUGUUCCUUUGAUUCUGCGAAUUCGUUCGUUCGUACCAUGAAGCAGACAAGGUAUACGUGACUACGAUUUAAAUACACUACGAUGGAUUUACUUAAAUAUAUACUUGUAUAUGUACUUGUAUAGGGUAUCCACAAUAACCGUAAUAAUAAUAAUCUAAUAAAGCAAUGAGUUUUAGUUCUCUAUUGAAUCC